GACGACCACAAACUGGACGUGACCGACCUGGAGAUGAAGUACAGCACCAGCGUCACCAAGGGCCUGGUGGCGGCGGGGGCGGCAGAGCGGGGGCGGCAGACGGGGCAAAAAAAAACCCGCCCCCCCCGAGGGACCCCCGAGUGUGUCAAGUUCGGGCGACAGUUGGCCGGAGGUCUCCAGUGCCUGAUGUGGGUGGCGGCGGCCAUUUGCCUCAUCGCCUACGGCGUCCAGGAGGGGGAAGGCGACCGCGGCAGCUCUGACAACCUCUACCUCGCCAUCGCCCUCAUCGCCGUCGUCGUCGUCACCGGGUGCUUCGGCUACUACCCGGAGUUCAAGAGCACCAACAUCAUCGCCAGCUUCAAGAACCUCGUCCCUCAGCAAGCCACGGUGAUCCGGGAAGGGGACAAGCUAAAAAAAUACGCCAACGAGUUGGUGGUGGGUGACCUGGUGGAGAUCAAAGGAGGAGAUCGAGUUCCCGCAGACAUCCGCAUCAUCUCGGCUCAGGGUUGCAAGGUGGACAACUCGUCGUUGACGGGGGAGUCGGAGCCCCAGACGCGGUCACCCGAGUGCACCCAUGACUCCCCCUUGGAGACGCGCAACAUCGCCUUCUUCUCCACCAUGUGCCUAGAAGGGACGGCCAUGGGUCUGGUGAUCAACACGGGUGACCGGACCAUCAUCGGCCGCAUCGCCAGCUUGGCCUCGGGGGUGGAGAACGAGAAGACGCCCAUCGCCAUCGAGAUCGAGCACUUCGUCGACAUCAUCGCCGGCCUGGCCAUCUUCUUCGGCGCCACCUUCUUCGUGGUGGCCAUGGUCAUCGGUUACACUUUCCUCCGGGCCAUGGUCUUCUUCAUGGCCAUCGUGGUGGCCUAUGUCCCUGAGGGGCUGUUGGCCACUGUCACGGUGUGCCUCUCGCUGACGGCCAAGCGGUUGGCGCGCAAGAACUGCGUGGUGAAGAACCUGGAGGCGGUGGAGACCUUGGGCUCCACCUCGGUCAUCUGCUCCGACAAAACCGGGACCCUCACCCAGAACCGCAUGACGGUCGCCCACCUCUGGUUCGACAACCAGAUCCACGCCGCCGACACCACCGAGGACCAAUCGGGGCAGAGCUUCGACCAAUCGUCGGAGACGUGGACCAUGCUGAGCCGCGUGGUCACCCUCUGCAACAGGGCCCAGUUCAAGCCGGGGCAGGACAACGUCCCCGUGGCCAAG